AGAACCGUUCGAGAGAUGACAGUGUGCGAGGAGGACCGGAAGAACAUGAGACACAGCAGCUCUUGGCCGGAUUGGGCGCUACAGACGGUGAAAGUGCGCGUGGAUCCGUUAUCGCGCGCCUUCACAAUUAUCCCGACGAUUCGCGAGGGUUUGCACCCGUUAUUGAAGAGCAACUGGAUCGACGAGAUCGUUUUCCUCGAUCAUGACGGCUCGACGUCCGCCGAGACGAAACGACGAUUCGUGUGCAGCACCAAGACGGUCGAACAGAAUGGCCACGGUGAAUUAGGGGAAACUUUCGAACUACGCACCCUGGUACCUGACGUUAUGAAUGAAAGUCCCGGAAAAGCUAUUGGCGAGGAUGGAAGAAGUGGCGAAUGUCAUGAAAACGAGUCAAAAUUGCCUUCGAGACUGUGGUCCAACGAAACUGCCAGAGAAUCUCACGAAGAUAAUAGAGAUAUGUCUGAGAGAAGUAAGCCAGACUUCUAUCUAGUUGACGAAGAACGUACGUCGAUACCAUACCGCCAGGAAGACAAUACGAAUAAACCAAACUUCAGAUUGGAAUCCACCGAUGAACCUUCCAAAUGUUCCACUGCACAAAACAAAUACACAGAAGAAUCAACCGAAUUGAAACACGAAGAUCUUCUACCUUUAGAAAUCAUCGUAAAAAUCGAAACAUCCAAGCAUCUACAAACAGUUCCAAUUGGAACGGAAGACAGAGAAGGCGCUCAAGGUUUGACCCAAAAAUCCAAUCCAAGAAAGACACCAACUCCUCAAAUUGAAAUAGUAGAUUACGACGAUAUAACAAGCUUCUCCCUUCUAACGGAAAGACAAAUGCAACAUGCUUGCCCGAAAUGCACUUCGGAAGGUCAGCUUCUUGAACGUGUAGACCCAUUUCGUUCGCCGGUUUCGAGCAGGAAAAAAACCGUUGGUCGGUGUCAGGAUGGGAAGCCGGAAAUGGUCCGUAAAUAUUCCGCGACGGAGGGUAAAAUGAGGAACAGCUGGCGUAGAAUAGGAGCGAGCGGUCUAAUUGGAGGCGCCAGGAAUAGGGAGAAGGAGAAGUACGCGCGGAAGAGGAAUCCGCUGUGCAGGCCGACGAACGACGUGAGGAAAGAGGCCACCCUGAGGAGGCAUUACUAUCCGGAGGGAGGCUGGGGCUACGUGAUCGUGACCUGUUCUGCGCUCGUCCAUUUCCUCGGGAUCGGUUUGCAGCUCGCGGCGCCUGGCAGCUGGCAUCUAACCGCCAAGCUAAAGUUCCAUCAGCCCGCCCUUCACAGCGCAGGGUGGCUGGGAGCAAUGUCUACGGGAGUGGCUUUACUAGUUUCACCCGUAACAAUAGCGUUCUGUCGGAGGAAAAGUAUAAGACUCACCGCGGUUUUGGGUGGCCUCGUUACAGCACUCGGUUGCCUUUUCACUUCUUUUGCCUCGCAGUUCCACCAGUUGUUCUUCAGCUACGGCACAGUUGUCGGUAUAGGGGUUGGCAUGACGAGGGACUGUAGCACGCUGAUGGUGGCGCAAUAUUUUAAAAGGAGAAGAGAACUGGUUGAGAUUUUCAUCGUAUCCGGAAGUGGCCUUGGUAUCGCUGUAAUGUCGGUUUUCAUAAAGGGAAUGAUUAGCAAAAUUGGUUGGCGCUUAGGACUUCAGGCAGUGACGGGAGUCGUUUUCUUGACAUUCAUCCUGGGUACCUUUUAUCGAAGCGCAUCCUUGUAUCAUCCACAACGUAGAGCCAUUUUACAUUUGAAAAAUCAAAAACGUAAAAUUAAAGAUAAAAACAAGACAGACGACAGACCACCGUUCUUCGACUUCAGUACGCUGAAGAGCAAAACAGUAAGAAUAUUGCUGGUGUCCACUGGAAUAUCUGCCUUUGGGAUCAACACCCCGAUAUUUUACUUGGCACAUCAGGCCGAGGAAGAAGGUCUUGGUGACACGGUGAUCCUACUUCAGGCUUACCUCGGUUUGGCCUGGACCCUCGGCUGUGUCGCCUUUGGCCUUUUAGUCGUGCAUCACAGCGUCGAAUGCAGGAUAGCGCGUCAGUAUCUUACGCAAGCGGCGAUAUUUGUAUGCGGAUUGUGCAUUUUGGCCCUCACUGCCGUUCAAGGAAAUUAUCAUGGAUAUGUGCUGUUCGCCUGGAUUUACGGCAUCUUCUGUGGUGGUUACCACUACAGUCUCAAAAUGUACACCUAUGAGAGAGUCAGAGCAAGAAAUUUCGCAAGAACGUGGGGUUUCGUACAAUGUUUCCAAGCUAUACCAAUAGCAAUUGGAGUUCCAAUUUCAGGAUACAUGAACAUUAACUACGGUGGGAAGGCUGGUUACUACUUCAGCUCGACCUGUGUUCUAGUAGGCAGUUUCACUCUUUUCUUCAUAGACCUCCACAGAAGAAAUUUAUCGAGGCAUAAACACAUAAGAUCUAACGGAACCAAGCAUCUCUGCGUUUCGGAUAAUUGUCCACAACGCCGAAAAUUGUCGUUUAGCCAGGAACCAGACAACGAUGGUCCACAUGUGGCUGCUGCAGGAGCUGCUGCGGCUGCUCUUGUGCUUGGAACUGAGAUUGCACCAAAUCCAGGCGAAUUGAUCGACGGCCUUGCCCCGGAGAAGCCAGAAUUAACGUGUAUCUCCGAGGAGGGAAUUGCGGAUAUGGAUCUUCCUGACAACAUGCUCGAGGACCUUGAUUACAUCGGAGACUGUAUAACCUCGUGCAACAAGGUCGAGAAUUAUCUAAUGCUGUCAGAAUUCGAGAACAAUCUGAUAGCUGAAAUGCCGAUUAUCACGGAUCGUCGAGGCCGAAGGUGGUCCCUGGCUCGUUCAAAGGGUGGUCAAUCGAAUUUGGAUCGAUCCCCAGGGCCUCAACCGACUAACGAAGAGACCGAUCCCAAGCCCAAGUGGCACGUGACGAAUGUGCCUCCUGCUAAUAGGGUGAUCACAGUGAUUGACGAAGCAAGCACGUAACUCGAUCACCAGAAUCCAAGAAGCUGUUAAUACUCACUGAGGAUGCUUCUGAAUGAAAUUUUACGACUUUUUUUAUGUAAAUGGAUACUUAAAUUGCUUUUUUUAAGUUUGUAAUGUAAUUUUUGUAUAUAUAUACUGUUUUAAUUACGUAAAAGAAAUUUUGAUUUACUUGCAUAAGUGAAUGUGAAUUGGAAUUGUAAACACUGAAAAUUAGUAUUUUCCGAAUUUUAUGCAAAUUGAAUUUUGGAAUAAUUCAUUAAUUGCAAUAAUACAAAAAAAGGAUAGAUAUUAUUACAUAAUUAUUGUUAUGCGAUGUGAAUGGAGGCUCGAGAAUCAAAAUCACGAAUAAAGUUUAAAAAGAUAAAAAAAAAUGAGGGGAAUUAUUCAAGAGGCCGACAUUUCUCGUUAUCGCGCUGCCUUCGAUCGUCUGUCUCGUUUGUUCCUCUUUGAUUUAAGAUACUGUUAGAGAUCAUAUUAGCGAUACUUUUGCGAACGAAACACGUUAAUCUGCGUUAAACGUCCCUAUGGAGCUGUAGGAAAUUCCAGUAAGGGUCACUUAAUUCGCGGUGUAAUUAAGGACAAUAACGUCGGCUUUCGACGAGAGGAACCACGGAAACGUUCCGUCCACAUGGAGAUAACCUCGACUCCCGUCGACGUCUUUGUUUAAAGCUUCGUAUUAGUUCACUGCCACGCGUAGAUGUGUGAAUCGAACGAUCUUUCGUCAAUUUAACAAAAAAGAAAGACAGGACACAUUCAAACAAACAGCUCAAGUUUCUUUAUUUUAAUGUAAUUUUUAUUUUAAAAAUUGUGAAUCAUAGAAAAUUAAGAUCUUCUAUUAAAAAAAGGUUGAAAAAUUGAAACUAAAAUUUUGAAUAAUUCUGUUAAACACAAGAUUGUUCGAUUCAUGUCGAUGUAAAAGUUGCGACCCAGAGUCUUUUUCGAAGGAAUCUGCUUGCACGUAGGCAAUGCUAGCUAAAGAUAUUGAAACUAGUCCAAACGAAAUUCGUAUGCAGCGAUAAAUGGUAUAAUAUAACGAUACGAAUAAAUAUGUAGCCAGGUACAAGAGUUGAUGGUUGUACCAUUGUAUCGUUCGAGGCAUUUUAAGAGAAUAUUCAUACGUGCAGCGUUUCUCUUUCUGUGAUCGAGCGAAUCGCGAUCGGUACAAAUGCAAAGAGAUAACAACACUAUUUAUUUAUCAAACUAUUUAUAUUAGAACCAUACAUACGCAUGUUAUGUACAUAUAUAUACAUACUUAUAUACGUGAUAAUAAGCGUAUGCACAUGCGUGUGGUAUUACAAAGUAGAUUACAGUUAAAGAGCCCCGAAAUAGUCGAUUAAGGACAAUUUGAAGCCAACAGUAUAUCAAGGAUUUGUACAGAGAAACCAAAUUGGUAUUACAAUUGUAAUACCUUAUGCGAUCGAGCCAUAAACACUAUAAUUUUAUUUAAAGAAUCUAUCAAAUUAAUUCAUUAAGGAUCAACAUUGCGUUGAUACAACAUUCCAUUUGCAACUUUUUCCAGUCAAUUCACGUCAGUAUAUUCUAUUUCAAGAAAGUUUUAAAUAUUUGUUUCAUCUUUAUUUCUUCCUCUACUUAGAUUCUAAAGUUUUUAUAGUAUAAUAGUAACAUUUUUAAAUUAUGCACAUUUUUUAAAUUAUGUAAAUUUUGUAUGUAUUACAAAUUUUUUCUGUAAUUUGUAUAAUUAAUUCCUAUAUAUACCGAGAAUUAUUUUUUCUAAUCCGUAAAGUAUCUAUUAUCAGAAUAAUAUUGCGUUUUGCAAUUUUCACAUAUUAUUUCAUUACUUGAUCCUUAAUGAGUUAAAAAUAUCAUCAAACAAAUAGCCUGAUGAAUAUCUAAUAUAAUAAUGAGAACCAGCCGGAGAGUAUUUUUAAUGAAAUAUUAUUUUAAUGACUCGACACCUGCCUACGCGACGUCGCGUUUAAGUUACGUUUAUCAUAUUAUUGUUAUCACGAUGAUAACGCAAGGCUACUAGUCUAACAUCGUAAAGAACAAUAAUUUACGAAUUACUGUUUAUUACACGCUGCAGCAAAAGAAACAACACCGAAUAAACUGCCUAUAUUGUAAUAUUGUAACGUUGUUAAUACAGAAACAUGAUUUUAUCAA